UGUUUGUUUAUUUGUUAUUGCAUGUAGCUGUUCAAUAAUCGAGAUAAUGUAGCAUAUAGUCAGCCGGUCGUGAUAAAGGACAUGAUCAGAUGAUCAAACUUUUUUUUUUCAUAUAAUAACAGGCUGGCUUCAAAUAUUAAGCUCAAAGUAGACUAUAUGGUGACGGUGCACGAGCGCAUCAAUCACCGCCUCAUUUUACUGGGAGGAUCCCAAUAAAUGACGUUAUUGCUGGCGUACGACUGCAGCGUAAUUGGGCUUAUACUAAAUGAAUGCACAUCCAAUAGGCAUACAGUCCAAGCGGAUAUUAUGAGCAGCCAGGAAGAUAUCAAACCCACUAAAUCACUCUUAUGAUUCAAUGCGACAAUAAGUUGACACCGAGUUGUUGACUUGCUUGCCUUUUUAACAACACUUUGGAUUCACGAUCCAAAAGUUCUGGUUGACCUAACAGUGCUUCACCUCAGAAGACUCUCCUAAUUCAAACAGUGCAGGGCAAAACGAUGUGGCUCGCGCGGACCCUCCUCGCUCUGGCACUUCUUUGCGCACCGGUUUCCAGCCUCUGCUUACCAACGUACAACCCCUUGUCCAACUUUCUUUGCAACAAUGAAGUGUUCUCCGAGACGAAUGAUAACGGGCAACCAGCUAAUUCCCUGCUGGACAGUCUAAACCUCCUGUUCAAAUCAACGCACUCGCUUUCCUCCGAGGAGCCGCGCGAGAGGAGGACAAUACCCGCGUCCAAAUACAGAUACUUGAGCCAGACGCAGCUCAGGAGUAAACUGUACCGUAAUAGUGCGAAGAGCGACCGACGCAGCCAGGUCACUCUUUCCCUCGACGUCCCUACCAACAUUAUGAACAUCCUCUUCAACAUUGCCAAAGCCAAGAACCUGCGCGCCAAGGCGGACGACAACGCGCGCUUGCUGGCGCAGAUUGGAAAGAGAAAAUGAACUCCAGUUUAUGUCACUAAUUUGACUUUAACAAAUAUUUUUUUGUUACCAACUGAGGCAUGUUAUCUCUGAUUUAAUAAUGUAAUAAAAGUUGUUUUCAGUUGCAUAACAAAUUAGCAAUACUGAAAAUGAAUGGAACAUAUUAACAGGUGAUAUUUGGGUUUUGAUUUAUUGCCCACUAAACGCAUACUUGUUUUAGGGGGCUUGUCACGUUUGUCAGAUUUAAUGCUGUUUUACAGGAAGUUAUUUAAAAUUGACUUAUUACCUAGUGAGACUCAUAUGGCAAUUGGAAACAAAAUUGUUUGGUCAGUUUCUAAAGUCAAGCUUCAAAGAGACAUAAUGAUUGAAAUAUAUGUCUCGGAGGGAUACGACAUAUUUUCCAAUGCUCCUUCAUCUCUCCCUUUUCAUGAACACAGUUUGUCUGUACAUCUCAGAUGAAAGUUGACCUGAUUAGUAUUAAAACAAUGACUGCUCUAUAAGAUACACGAGUUGAUGGUUACAGAUCUGUAAAGUUCUUAAAACUCUGGGUUGAUAAAACCGACAGUUGAAUAUUUUUGUACUGAAAAUAAUUAUUUUAUCGUUUAAUAAAUAAAUAAAUGCAAAUGUAAACAAAGCGUC